CAGAUGGUUUACAGUUUUAUAACCUAAAAGUUAAAAUUGCACGUGAAACCAUAACGUUGUGUUGUAAUUUUAAGCAGUGCUGGCGGUGCUUAAAAUGACGGAAUUAACAAUAGAUUCGGUUUCUUCAAAGGGGCCUAUCUAUCCAAUGUUGAUAAACUUUCAAAACGGUUACCCGAACGACGACUUUGAGAGUAAAUGCUCAAUCAUACAAGAGAAUGGGACUAAAACGAUAGCUACUGAGCUUGAUGAGCUUGUUUACUAUGGUAAAGAGGAAAACGAAGAGUUGGGUAAGACCCUGAUACUAGCAAGAGACAGGAAAACCGGUAAAGUACGCCUUAUAGAGGUGGGCUGCGCUGAGCUAAUACCAUAUCGUAAAGUCGACUUGAAUGCAUCGCAACAGGAAACCAGCAGAUUAGAGCUGAGUAGGAAGUUCGGAUCUAAAAAACAAAAGAAGCAAAUGGAACAGCGGGAGAAAUUAAAAGUAAAUGUACAAACCGUUACAAAACAGAUGGAACAUGUAACUGCGAAUAUUACUGUUGACCAACUAGACUUAUCUAAGUAUAAUAAGAACGAUUCUGAAGAAUUCUACGUACCACCUAUAGACAGAGACGCGACUAAAGUCGAAGAUGUAUAUCCUGUAGAGAAAAUUAUGUCUGAAGAAGAAUUUGAGAAUAUUUACACAGAAAUAAAGCAAGAAAAGUAUGAAGAAUAUUACCAUCCGUAUAUAAAGUCUUUAGUUAAAGGCCGGACGUUGUCUAACGAGUUAACGGUUCUGGCGGUGUACACAAGUGAGCUGCUGAAAUUUUUACAGGUCGGUUGCAUGGAAAUAAAAAAGAAAAGCUUUAAAAUAUGUGAUUAUUCCAACACAUUAAAUAACAUUGUGUUGAAAAACUUUACGGAGUUUACUAAAACUGCGAAUAAGAUGAGAUCGAGACCAGUGCACAUGAAAGAUAAGCUAAUAUGUCACAUAAUGGUGUUCGUGUUGAUAUUACAUAAUUUUAAGGUUGAACUUGAGCCUUUGUGCGCAGCGUUGAAGAUGUCACCUAAGACUCAGCCGUGCAUCAAUAAAAUCCGUCUAAUCGGAGCAUACAUGGUGCAUACCGAGGGGGGGAAGACGGUGCACUUGAAAUUGCCCUUAGCUCCAAAAACUUCUUUCAUGAGAAGGAAAAGUACUAAGUUUUAACACAUUCAGGGGCAAGAACCCGACUGUUGGGUACACUGUGUCGUAGCGACUACGCGCUACAUACGGCGAAAACGUGGCUACGCGCUACGAGCGUAACCCGUGGCACUUAGUGGUAAUGAAUGGGUUAAAUGUUUGAUAUAGACAUUUUUGACCCGACACAAAAAGAGGGGUGAUACAUGUUUGCCACCAAUGUCUGUCUGACUGUGGCAUCAUAGCUCUCAUACGAAUGGACCGAUUUUGAUGCG